AGCCCCGCCCCUCCCGAGGCUCCGCCCCCGCUAACGUCACCUGUCUCCCCGUGGGGGAGCCCGUCUCCUAGCAAUGGGCGCGCGAGGCCUGCAACCCCCCCCUCAGGAGAAGGAGCCCCGGCCGCGGCGCGCGGAGGAACCGCAGGCCGCGUCCAUGGCCUUGAUGACCCCCACAACUAUCCGCUUGGACAGGAAGAACAUUCAUGCCAUUGAGAACCUGCAAGGCGGGGGAGAAGUCCACAGCCUCUACCUGCAACAGAACCAAAUUGAGAAAAUUGAGAAUCUCAGCUGCCUUCCCAAUUUACGAUUCCUCUCACUGGCUGGGAACCGCAUCCGCACAGUGGAGAACCUCCAUGAGCUCCAGCAACUGCAGUUCCUGGACCUGUCACAGAACCAAAUUGAGACGCUGGAUGCUGAUGAGCUGCCACAGAGCCUCCUCAUUCUCGACUUAACAGGAAACGGAUGCACCAACCAAGAUGGCUACCGGGAGCUGGUACUAGGGGCCUUGCCACAUCUUUUAGAGCUGGAUAACCAGACUGUCUCCAACCGGAAGAAUUCUGCUCCAGCAGAGGAAGAGGAGGAGGAUAAGGAAGGAGACGAUGGAGCUGCUGUUGACACCGACUCUGAGGAGGAUUAUGACAUCUCUAAACUGAUUGGACCUUUCACUGUAGGCAAAGACUUCUUUGCAGAUCUCCACUGGGAGCUGACCAGCCGGUCACAGAGGAGGAGAGAAGAGGUGCUGAAAGAACACCAAGUUUGCAUGAUGGAACUUGCAGAACGUCAGAGCCUGAUGCAACCAACUGGGCACCCCAGCUCAGUGACAUGGAAAGACUGGAGGGCAGUGAACCCAAUGAAGAAGGGAGGAACACAAGUGAGAUCCUCAGCCUCCAGGCCACUUGAGCCCCAGCUCAAACCCAGAUCAGGACCUCUGUCAUCUACUCCAAAGCCUGCCAGGCAACACAGUGCUGCAGAUGCUCCCCAGAAGGCUCCAAACAAGACCAGGACCCAGUUCAAGCCCCCAAAAGAGAAGGCUUGCACUGUGACUAAAACAACAGCCAGCAGAGCCAAGAAGUGACUGGAGCCCAGCCAGCUCCCUUUCCUGCAA